CAACGCUAGGCAUCCCACUGCGCUCGCCAAGAGUUGACUGUCCUCGUUAUUUAUAGUCUCUGUUCGUACAACAUAUGCAUGUCUCUUUUAGUAACAUUUGGCGUUAAUAUAGCUACUUCUUUCGUCGGCGAUCGAUUGCCUUUUGGGCUUGGGACGAUUUGACUUUUCUGUCUUGGGACGAAAUGGACCUACGUAGGACAAAUUGACUUGUGGUGGGGGACGAAAUGGUCUUAGGUCGACUUUAGUGGCGUUUUGCACUGGCGUAGCGAAGCUAGCCUAGCGAAUCUAGCGGUUAGCGAAGCGAGCGAUCCCUGUGCAACAAUGCUUUGAUACCCUGAGUAAUGGCGGAUGUGAUCUCGCGUGUUCUCGUGCGACCGUGCGAGAUCACUCAUGGCUGACAACCAAGUGAGAGACAAGUAGCAGCUACUGGGCAUGUUGUUUUAACCUGUAGUUAUCAUACUGGGACUUAACAUUUGUGAAAUUUGGCAAGAGAAUGGAGUCGAGGGGUGUGAAAGGGCGUCCAAAAACUGCUUUGCACAAUCCUUUGCGUUAUAUCACCGCUCGCGCUGAAAGUGUUUCGUGGGCAUCCCAAUAUCGGCUAAUGCGCGAGAGAUUUCGUAUGGCGAAAUCCUUAUAUCGCCGAGAUCUAAAGGCCCACUAUGGCUGCGUCAAUGCUAUUGAGUUUUCCAAUGAUGGCCUCUUCAUUGUUUCUGGUGGAGACGACCGCCGUGUGCUCUUGUGGAAUGUAGAGAAAGCAUUAUCUGAUAUUGGAGAACCUGCUGUCAUGAAGGGCGAGCAUAACAGCAACAUAUUUUGUCUGGCUGUCAACAGCAACAAUACACGACUCUAUUCUGGAGGUAAUGAUGAACAGGUAGCAGUUCAUGACAUUGUCAGUGGUCAAACCCUAGAUGUUUUUCUACAUGAGGAGGCAGUAUAUGGACUGUCUGCAGACCCCGUCAAUGACAAUGUGUUUGCAAGUGCAUGUGAUGAUGGUCGCAUUCUUAUUUAUGACACUCGUGGGCCUGCUAGCACAGAGCCCUUUGUAUUGGCCAGCUACACCUCAUCAAUGCAUGCUGUCAUGUACAAUCCAGUGGAGCCUCGACUUUUAGCAUCUGCUAAUGCUAAAGAAGGUGUUGGAUUGUGGGAUAUUCGCAAACCUCGCAGUUGUGUGUUGCGUUAUGGAGGGCGCUUCCUACAGCAAAGCUGCAUGAGUGUUCGCAUUAACAACCGUGGCACUCAUUUGGUGGCCCUCCGGCGAAGACUGCCGCCAGUCCUGUAUGAACUGGGGAGUACCCACCCACUGUGUGACAUGGAUCAUGAUGGUUACUACAACUCCUGCACCAUGAAGAGCUGCUGCUUUGCUGGACCACAAGAUGAGUAUGUGUUGUCUGGAUCUGAUGAUUUCAACCUAUACAUGUGGAAGAUACCAGAUGAUCUCUCUCAACGAGUCUACGUGAAAGAAGCACACAUGAUCUUGCGUGGUCACCGAUCAAUCGUCAACCAAGUGCGCUACAACCAACAUAGAGGCCUCAUCAUUUCAUCUGGUGUAGAAAAAAUCAUCAAGGUGUGGAGCCCUUUCAAUCUGAACAAUGGCAAUGGUGGUGUUAGUCCUCGCUGGGAGUCAUCCUUUGUAGAGCGACCAGUGUACACACAUGAAGAAUACAUCAAUUUGGUGUUACGUAGUGGGCUGGUCAUGUCACAUGAUUAUUCUUCACAAUCAAAGGAGGAAGAUCCACGCAUGAUGGCUUUCUUUGACAGUCUAGUGCAGCGGGAAUUAGAGUACUGGAGUUCUGAUGAGGACCUUUCAUCUAACGAGAUGGAAUUAUAUGACAGCAUUUUGCAGGCCACACGUCGUAGUCAGCAGCUGCAGGACCUGGAAGGAGAUGAUGAGGAUUACAGAGUGCAACCUCAUGUGGGUGACGGUGAUGCAUCUGAUAGCUCAGACAACAGUGAGUUCAGUCCUUUCACUCUUGCCUUUGCAAGUGUCAUGGCUGCUCAGGAAACAGAUGCUAGUCUUUCACGUGUUUUGGAUGCACACGAGGAAAGUGAAAGACUGAAUGCAGUUCAUGAGGGGAGCUCUGAUGGCCUUAACCCCAGAAGCAAGAGAAAAAGCAUUUCUGAAAUCAUUGCUCAGAACAGAAAGGAAGUGAUGCGAGCAGCAGAAAUGAGACACAAGUCGAUGCGGUCUUCCCAAGAUUUGCAUGCAGACAUCCUUUCUUCCACCAGUUCAGAGUCUGAUUCUGAUGAUGAGAACCCCAGUCCUAGUGUGAGAAGUGACCUUGACAUUGGGCACGUCUUGAACAAACGCCGUGCCCAGCAGCAGCGAGUUGCAUACCAGCUGAAGCGUCUACAGGCAUUGCGCACACGGUUAGUCACCAGUGACACAGACAAUAGUGCUGACGAAGCUGUUCCCAUGCGCAAGAGACCUCGUCUGGCUUCCAGCAGUUCCAGAGAGGAGUGUGUGCAGGAGACUAGACAGAGUGCCUGUGACAUGGCCACUGAAGCACCCGCCUUUAUGAAGACUUUUGACUUUGCUUCUAGCUUAUUUACUAUGAAUACCAAAGGAAAAGGAUGCUAUGAACAUGAGGCUGGCCCGUAUUUACAGAAGACUGAUGGUCCCAGUCUGUCGGGACAUCCCACCGUCUUGUCAUUAUCUAGCUCUUAUGCAUCGUCCCAACCUUCGACAUCAGGGGGCUGUGCUGGGCACUGCCAUUCUUCCCAUGAAAACAGCAGUAGCAGUGCCACUGCCAGGCGAUGCAGUAAUGAAAGCCAUCAUAAAGAGGAGAGCUGUGGUCAGCAGGACUGUCAACAGGAAGGUGGCAGUGAGAGUCAACACCGGGAGAGUGCGAGUGUCAGUGGGAGGAUGCCAGAUCAGCCAGAACGGUCGGAUGGUGAGGCUUUACAGCCAGAUGGUGAGGCCUCACAGCCAGUGUGGACAGAAUUCAAGAGACUGAGGAAGCGGCUUCAGCGAGCCCAACGUUAUUACAGGCAACAUAGCAAUAAUGGUGACUCAAGUGAUGAUGACUGAUGAGUUAUUUUUUUUCCAGUUUCUGCUGUAGUUCAGCUUUUAAAAAAGUGAAAGAUUCCAGUCGGAAAGUGACUGUUGGAUGGAGUGUCUUUUGUACAGAGACCCUGUACGUAUUCUUACAGUAAUACUUCAGACUUUUGUUUGGUUUAUUUUGCUUGUCAGAAGGUGAUUAGCAGUACUUUUAUGCGCCUCUCGUUUCUGUGUUGGUCAUAGUUGGGAUUCUUGCUGACUUUUCCAGUAAGGGUGGCUGACUCUUUGUUGAUUACACUCAUUCAACCUUUUAGAACAGAAGGAUAUGAACUGUUGUGUGAUAAUUUGAACCUUUUAACUCGAUCCAAACAUUAUUUCCCCCUACCUACCAUCCCCCUCCCCCUGCAACAAAACAAAACCCUCAAGUAAUUUGGAAGUAAAUGUGGAGUAUUUUCACAAUAAGCUUUACUUCACUUUUUACUCUGAAUUCUUUAUUUAAAGUCUAUGGAAAAGAUUACCUGUUGACUAGAUUCUGGGUUGUCACAGAUUGUGUUAAUACAAGGGUGAAAUGUAGACAGUCCUAACUUUCUACUUUCACCUUGCAAUGCUAGGGCUAAACUUGAUAAUGAAAUCUGUACACAAUCUUAAGUGUGAUGAGUGGAUUUGGGUAUUAAGGAUCAUUUUAACCAGCCACACCUUGGCGAAAUUUUCUAUGACAGAACACGGUGCAUCAAAAAUAAGCACAAUUCUACCUGGAGCCUGAAAUGUUCUUUGAUUAGUCUGGCCAGCAAAAAGCUCUAUGCUUGUCAAAAAUGUUUUAAUCAGACUUGGAAAUAUAUAGACUUCAGAAUGGAAGGCUUGGUGAAUACCUUCUACUAUCUGCAACUGAAAAUUUAAAAAUUAAGACAAGAAUUUCAGUUUUGCUGAUGCUUGUGAAGAAUGAACUACAAGAUAGAAGCUACCCUUUUUUUUCCAUCAACAAUUUACACAGCGGUUGGUUCAGACUUAUUUCAAGAUAAAAUUAUAUAUAUAUAGUUUAUACAAAUUCUGGUCCCCACUUCUAAAAAAAUUGCUAUGUUAGCUUAAACAGUCUUUAAUCAGUCAAGAAACUGUUAAAAAAGCAGAUUUAAAGAGUAAAGGUAAUUUGGUUUACCUAAUACUUUGUGAAAUCUGGACUGCAUGUUACUCGAAACAUAUCCAAGUCACCAGAGAUUUUAAGUGCCAUAAUAAAUUUAAACUAAAGAUAUUGUGUUUUGCAUUUGCAUCCCAGGCAACUUAAUAUUGUGGCCUGCAAGCUGUACCUCUGUACAUUUGUGCUCAUUGCCCCAUCUCCCUUCCUGGGCAUUACUAACACUCAGCCAGUGCAGUUCACAAUUCUGCUAAUGGUUUGUAGAAUGAUAAUGCUGUUUGUAAUGUGCAAGACAAUUAUCAUUAUUGCAGAAUGGGUGCUAAAUGAAAAUAAAUUAUAGGACAUGCAUGAGAAGCAAGUUUAUAGCAUUUACUGGACUUAUUACAACUCCAGAGCUGUUGUGCGGAAGUCAAAAAACUGUUUUUCACAAUUAGCUUGUGUGGUCAUUCUCUUGGUUGUGAGUAUGCAUACGUGUGUGUGUUUAGUAUUCUCAGUCCACAGACCUGUAUAUGUAAUACAAGUUCAUGCUGAGUCUCAGCAGUUUUCAGCCAAAAGUUUAUAGGUUUUGGCCAAGAAGUCUUCAUUCAAUAUUAAAUAAAAAAACUUAUUUAUAUUAAAUAAAUUUCAUAAUUGUGACUGUAUUUUUUUAAUUUUACUUCAGUUUAUUGAGAAACAAUCUUUAGGGAAACUCUGUGGUAUCUUUUCAUGCUGCCUAUUAUUCUGUUGUCACACAUCUGGCCAGUUCUAAUGCAUGAUAUUCAUGUCUAGAUGUAGGUUCUGGAUGGUAGUCACCUCUACAGUCAUUUAUACCUCUUUUUAGGGGGAAGGAGGGUGUGCAUACUCAUGUUAGUGUAUUUGCAUUCUCUUGUACAUUUUCUUCCCUAGAUUUUUUUCUUCACCAUUAUCUGAAGUGUGAAUGUAAUCAUUUUCUUUGUUUAUAGUGUAAGAUUUAAGCUGCUUUAAUAAAACAUUUAUACUUAAAGAUAUAUUAUAAAUAACAUUGUUUAAACAUUAAACUGUGAUAACAUUAUUAAGUUUUUAAUAAGUAAACUGCCCAUGAAUGUUCAUCUUGGUCAGUACAGAUAGCCAUGUAUCGUUCUUCCCUCUUUUAGUAAAUUCAAACCUAAACUUGGAAAAAGAAAAUAUAACAACAAAACACUGGAAGCAAAUAUUUUUAAUUGAUUAAAUUUGUAAUUAGAUUAUGCAAAUUUUAGCAUAAGUUUUUUUGUGAAACUCCAUAUAAGUUCACAUUUACCUUUUUUAAAAAACAAAUGGCUGCAUAUAAAUCACCAUUUUGGUGGUACAAAAUCAUUGGAUUGAGGAAAGCAAUUCUCAAAUAGACAAUUUAUCUUUCUGAAAAUGGUAUUACAAAGCCAGACAUCCAGCAGAUGCAAAAAUGUACUGCACAUCAUUUUGAGAUCAAGACCAGUUUAACAGUUAUAUUUCUUUAUGGGCUAAUUUUUUCCAACAUUUUAACGAAGUGUAGUAGCCAAAGCAUGUUCUCAGAAAACUGUGAUUUAGGAAGAUGUGUGUGAUGCAUAUUUGCAGGUCAGCGUCUUAAACAAUUGGUGUGAAUACUGUGGGACAAGAACAUUGAUAUCAGAAGGUAUAAGUACCUUUCUGUAUAGGUUUUGCAAAUAAUUUGUAUUUCUACGUCUGUUUGCUUGGUCUGAUGGAGCUGUAUUCAUCGCAGCAGUAACUUUGUAUGACCGGUGAAUUUCAGUUUAUUAAAACUGCUAAAAAA